AUGUCGUCAGGGCCGAGAUAUGUGCGGUACCUCAUACUCGCCGCGUUGGCAAUAUGCACCUUCUUCUUUUUCUCCCGAAAUGCGAUCCCGAUCCCCGAGAAUAUUGGUUCGAAAAUAGACACCUACAAGGGCGCCAUCGCCGGCUACACGUCCUCCCACUCUGACAACGCCUCGCCCGAGGAACCGGUCAUCCAUGGGUCCAACGGCGUCAGCGCUCCCGUUGCGCCCCGCGUGAAUGCGACCUUUGUGACACUGGCCCGCAACCACGACGUGUGGGACAUGGCCAAAUCCAUCCGACAGGUGGAGGAUCGCUUCAACCGGAACUAUCACUACGACUGGGUUUUCCUGAACGACAAGCCGUUUGAUGAGACCUUCAAGAAGAUCACCACGGCGCUCGUCUCGGGAACCACCUACUACGGCCUCAUUCCGCAGGAGCACUGGUCCUACCCGGAGUGGAUUGACCAGGAGAAGGCCAAAAAGGUGCGCGAGGAUAUGGGUCAGAAGAAGAUCAUCUACGGGGAUUCGGAGAGCUACCGGCACAUGUGUCGCUACGAGUCGGGCUUCUUUUUCCGCCACCCGCUCAUGAUGAACUACGAGUAUUACUGGCGUGUCGAGCCCAGCAUUGAGCUCCUGUGCGACAUUCCCUUUGACCCGUUCCGCUUCAUGAAAGAAAACAACAAGAUGUACAGCUUCGUGCUGAGUCUGUACGAGUACUACGACACCAUCCCCACCCUCUGGGACAGCGUCAAGAAGUUCAUGGGUGCCUAUCCGGGCCACAUCGCCGAAGGGAACUCCAUGGAGUUUUUGAGUGACGACGGAGGAAAGACCUUCAACAAGUGCCACUUUUGGUCAAACUUCGAGGUCGGCAGUCUGGACUGGCUUCGGUCUGACUCGUAUAUCGACUACUUCAGCUCUCUGGACCAGGACGGCGGUUUCUUCUACGAGCGCUGGGGCGACGCCCCCGUCCACUCGAUCGCUGCCGGCAUCCUGCUGCCCAAGGAGCAGAUCCACUUCUUCAACGACAUUGCCUACUACCAUAUUCCGUUCACCCACUGUCCGGCCAGUGAGCAGCUGAGGCUGGACCUGAAGUGCCACUGCAACCCCAACGACAACUUUGACUGGAAGGGCUAUUCCUGCACCGCCCGCUACUUCGACAUCAACGACCUGGAACCGCCAGAGGGCUACCCCGAAUCGAAUUGA